UUCUUCCAAUCAAGUUUCUGUCGCCGAGCAUAGUGGCUUCGUCGCCAACACCGUCCCUUCGUGGCCGACCAUCGUCCCGUCGUCGCCGACCAACGAAAAUAGGUUAGCUUCUUUACUUUUUAAUUUUUUCAAGAAAUUUUCAAUUUUCUCGACAAGUUUUUCUUUUUAAUUAAAUUAAUAAUGAAUAAUUAUUUAAUAAGUGAUUGGUUUAAUGUGUUAUUAUUUAAAUUAGUUAAUUUAGUAGUUAAAUUAGUUAAUUAUUAACCAAAUUAGUUAAUGUGGAUUAUCGAGAGUAUUUUUCAUGAAUAAUUUGAAUUGUUUAAAAAAUAUAGGUAAUCAAUAAUAUUAGUGCAUCUAAGUAUGAUAUUGUGUAAAUUUGUAGAUAAUUAGAUAUAGAUGCGGGAGGAAGUGAGUUGGGUAGAUUCAUAGAUAGAAAUGUUGAUGCAUAAAACGAAGGAAGAGGAGGCAGAAGAAGGAGAAGAAGCGUGCUCGAGAGAUCGCACAUCAGUGAGAGACAGAUGUAGGGGAGGAGUUAGAGGCUCCUACUACAGUUGCUUCUACGACAUCAUGGGCGACUAGUUCCCAUGGGAGGAACCAGGACACUUCAGCGAGGGUGGUUUCAAACGAGUUUGAUGAUCACUCCAUAGAGUACGAGUCAGAUGAGGAUCCUCGGGCCCCUCCAUUCGGAUAUGGACGAGGGCCAUCUUAAACGGCAACAUCACGUCCGACAAUGUAUAGGGACCAAGGAGGGCGGUUCGUAGCAUCUGCUCGAGAGGAGACAGAGAGCUCCGGGACUGGACGGAGUAGGAGAGAACAGUCGAGUGAUCCUCAACCGUGGGAGCUUGUUGGUGAGUGUCGUGCUUAAUAAGUGCACAUGCAAUGUUGAAAUUCUUCUUGACUAGAGUAACCCCAAUGAUCUCAACUCAUGGCAUGUUGUACCUGUUAGUCUUAGAGGUCGAAUCGAUGAGGAUGACGUACGGCCAUGCAUGCAACAUCUUAAUGGAUUUCGGGUGGGCAAAAAACAUAUUGUUGAGCACAUUUUUAACAUCCUUUUGCAAACAGAUAUGGUACCUAUGUUGCUAAGCUCCGUGAAACGCAAACCGUAUCACAUCCAUGACACUCAUCUCAUUCAAUCUUGUUUUGCUAUUUAUGUUGUAGACCUAUCUGAUAUCAUGUUGCACACCCCAUUCAAUAUUGAGCGUCGACUUUUGCCGAGCUGGUUUCACCCCCGCCUUCCUUAUCAAUCUUGCCCUUUCUUUUUCUAUCUCACUAAAUUGUUUGUUGUGCAUGUGAUGUUCUGGAUACGACACCUUUUCAUGGUUGUGAAACCCUUUAUUUUCUCUGGUUGCACAACGUUUCACCCCUAUUAUAAUCCAGGUGCUUGGCCCAUUCUGUUGCCAUACUUCUUAAAUACAUAUAUGAAACUCGCCAUUAGAACCCUUCGAACUAGUAUUCUCAUGCCUCUACUUCGUAGGAUCUGGUUUGUAAGAUUUCUCGUUCUUAUUGCUUUUGUCUUGUCGCAAUACAUAUAGAUGGGCACAGAAACCAAAUGCGUCAACAUUAAGCAAUGUCAUCUCGACGUAGUUCAUCAUCACGGAAAUCAGUGAGGCGUAACAAGGAAAAUGGCCACAAGCACUUAAUGCAAGAUUAUUUCAACCCAAGCCUAAACUUUGAUGAUAAGGCAUUCACAAGACAAUAUCAAAUGCCCCCUGCCAUUUUCAACCCUGUUAUGAAUGAUGUUGUUUACUAUGAUGACUACUUCAAGCAAGAGAAAGAUGCUAUGGGCUGCGACUCAUUCUCCCCACACCAGAAGCUUACUAGUGCUUUCGGUAUGCUUUCAUAUGGAUGCUCUGCAGACUCUUUGGAUGAGACCUAUCGAAUGGGUGAGAGCACCGUAUUAAAUGCGAAAAUGUGGGGGACCCACAAUAUUAGGAUAUUGCUUGUUAGACGUUGGGCGCAACAUGUCCUUAUUUUGAAGGUAGAGAAAAAAGGAGAAUAGAAGAUAAAUGGCAAUUAAUUAGAGAUUCAUAGAUUGAAAGACCGAAAGGAUAAUCUGCCUUUAAAAAAAAUGCAUCGCUUCUCGUUUUUUUGCAACAUGUCUUAAAAUCCAUAUAUCAAUAACAUAAAAAGCGGUUUAUAAAACUAGCUUGUAGGACUUUUACUACAGUUGAGUUUUUUUUUUUUUUUUUUGUGCGCGCUUUUGGUGCAAAGAGGUUUUGGAACAAAAGUUACAACAUUCA